AUGGACAAAUACAAGCGACAGCUUUUCUCAUCUCUACAAGAGCGUUCUGCAAAAAAUAAGGAAAUCUUGGAAAUUGGAGCUGGCGGUGGAGCAAACUUCCAGUAUUUUCCGCCCGAAUGUCUGGUCACCGCCGUGGAACCAAAUCCUGAUUUUGAAAAAUACCUCAGACAGCGCGCCAAAGCGAACCCCCACUUGGCGCUGAAAUCUGUGGUAGUUGCCAUGGCAGAGAGCAUGGCGGAAGUAGCAGACGACAGUAUGGACGCUGUCGUCUGCACGCUAGUGCUGUGUUCCGUCAGGAACCCGGCCGCUGUCUUCAGGGAAGGUGGAACGUUCUACUUUUUGGAGCAAGUACGCGGCGAGGCUGGGUCAUGGACCAACUCUUUCCAGGCUGUGUUCGACCCACUCUUACAGCUGUUCUAUGGCGGGUGCUCUGUCCAGGACAGUACCUGGGAAGACCUCAGAAAAGCCAGGUUCUCCACAGUUAACUGGGAGAGAAUCAGUGGGCCUAAAUCAUGGUGGAUCUUUGCUCCCCAUGUGAUGGGAACAGCUGUAAAAUAA